AUGAGUCCAGUGUUACUGGUGAACUUGUUUAUUUUUACAACGGCUCUGGACGGCGAAAAGACCAUGGAGUCCCCUAGAAAAUUUAACGAUUGUUAUUUUUAUUACUAUUCCACGUGUACCAAGGGAGAUAAUUGUGUUUUUCGCCAUGAACCCUCUGCUUUAGGAUGUGAGACAAUGUGCACAGCAUGGCAACAAGGCAAAUGCCUAGAUAAACGCUGUAAAUUGCGCCACAUGGAACUUAGGAAAAACCGUAAACAAAUCCCAUGUUACUGGGAGAAUCAACCGGGUGGUUGCCGCAAAAAGCAUUGCCCUUUUAUGCACAAGAAUCCAGAGGCACGUACAGAUGGUAUUGCGCCUAGCCAACCUGCUCCACCAACACCAGCCGCCCCCGCGGGCGGAGUAGCGGGUGGAGUUCCCGGGGUACCAGUAGGAGUGGCAGACAGCGUGGCAGAGGGGGUGGCAGUGCCGCCAAUGGCACAAGCGGUGCCACCCGCGCCCGCCCCCGUGCCGCUCCUGUGGCAGCAGCAGCGGCAGGCUCAUUGUCCAGUAGUGACCGUGGACUCGGCCAUACUGGGCGUCCUACCGGCCGCAGGCGGCGACAUACUAGGCGCGCGCCGCGUUCUACCCGCCCACGCUCAUGCGCACGCGCACGCGCACGACGUUGCCCCGCCAAAUCCGUACGCGCCCUUACCCGUGGACCCGCUAGUCGUCAACUUCGAGGAAGAGUCGGACAAUGAAAGCGCUCCCUCGUCGACGCCGACUAAAAGCGUGUCGUCGGACGACGCUCAGCGCAUCGCUCGCACCAAGUCGCAGGAGCUGCUGUUGCUAGAGAAGAUACAGGCGGAGGCGGCCGCCUACUAUAGCUACGACGCCCUUCCGCCCGAACCACACAGAGACCGCAAAAUCGUCAGAACCAACCUCUCCACCAAAUACGAUAGGGUAUCCCUAGACGAGCUGGCAGGUAAAAAACCACAGCAACCCGCCCCUGAACGCCGGAACUCGCUAGACUUCAAAGUUCUCUCCCUAGAUGAAAUAAGAGCUAGAAAGAAGACCGAAAGCAUCGUACACUCGACCCCCAUCACGCUCAAUUUACGGAAAAGAAAGCUCUCCACGCAGGAGACUAUAACCACAUCGGGAAAUAAGAUCAUCAAAGUGGUUAGGAGUAAUUCCAUAGUUUAUAAGAAGUUGGAUCGCAACUCCCCGGCGGCAGUCACUCAGGCCAAGGUAGAUCAGAAACAGACUGAAGUUUCAGUCAGUAGGAAACGAACAAUAUCAGAACUAAGUGAUUUAUACGAGAUACACGACGACGAGUUGGUCGACGAUUGCUACGAAUUUAAAAGAAUUAAAAUAGCACAGCACAUAUCCAAACCUAAAUUAAUAAGGAACACGAGUACAAGUUCGAGUAAAGACAACACACAAACUACUGACGAUGUGAGCGUUAGUAUUAAUAGUAAGACGGACAAUGAUUCCGAUACAGAAGUACAAAUAGUUAGUGAAAUUAGUGAUAGUAACGUUGAUAUAAGUGCGGUAUCGGAAACUGAAAUAAUAGACGUGGACUCUGCCAAUAUGGGCGAACCUGUUGCUAUAGUCGACUUGAGUGACGAUCUUGAUGAUGGUGAUGACGUUACGAUAUCAGACGCUGAUUUAGGUUUAGUGAAAAAUGUGCCGGACGUUGUUGCAAGUUGUCACAAUAUUGCGAACAAAUUCGACACAUCCGAUAAAGAUUUACUAAGUAACAUUGACGCACUUUUAGAUGAUGACGACUUAUGAUUGAAUGUACGAUCUGUGCAAGUUGUUUUUGCGUCGUCUGUAUCCUUAUCUUUAAGGAUUUCUUUGUAAUGAAGGCGAGAGGUAGCUAGAUGCGGCCUUUUUAUAAUUGUUCUGAAAUUGCCCCAUUUCUUUAAAAGUAUCUAUGUUAAAUGAGUUGUGAUGUGAGGCUCAACGGCCGGACAUUGUGCUUUUUCAUCAAUUUAGUUUGUGUUUUUAUUGCGGUGUUUUGUACAACUAUGGAUACGUCUUAUAUAUCCUUUGGAUUGGAAAUUGGAAUGUAAUAAGUAGUAUGAUUUCGUCCUUGAAAAAGUACAGUUAGCCGUACAAAAUACCUCGAUGACACCAUAAACUAGAUAAAGUAAUUAAGUUUGCCACUUCACCUCAUAGGCUUUAGAUAAAGUGUUCAUUAGAAUCGUAAAAAUGCUAUCUAAGGAUGCAUAAGUUUUGUGUUGAGUUUUGGUGAAUAUUAUUGUAGCUAAUGAAUAGCUAUAAAAGUAGAUAUUUUUAUUAAUAACUCUCAUCGAAUUACACUAUUUCAAGAACUAGUAGAACGAAAUGAAGCAUUUAUUUUUUUGUAUUAGUGGCGUUCUACCGAUUGGUAAUUCUGCCAAUGUCAAAUGAUAUUGCAAUUCACUUUUUCCAGUGUUAAAAAGAGGCAAAGUUUCAGGGCCUACGUUUUCCGAUGAAAACAUGAUCAGGGGGCCAUUCGCCUAACGGAAAUGCUUUGGAAAACACUAACGCUUUCGUUUUUAUUUUGUUAUUUCUGACCGCCGAAGGUUUUCGAAUACCUAACGUUAUUAAUUUGUUAUUACCAAUGCAAAAGAAAAAAAAGAGCGCGAAGCAUUUGAAAACCUCAGGCGGCUAGAAAUAACAAAAUGAAAUCGUAAGCAUUAGCGUUCUCCAAAGAAUUUCCGUUAGGCGAACGGCCCCCUGGCCCUGAAGACUAUAGGUAUACCUAUGUCGUUAGGUAACUGCUGUACCUACUUGUCGGUUUCAAAGUACGAUUUCAAUAAACAACUAGUUCUUGUGAUAGGUAAUAUUUAGCAGGGCCGGAUUUAGAGGUGUGGGGUCCCCUAAAUCUGGCCCGGACCACUUUCGGGUACCGUUGCAAGUUUUGUUGUGCCAAAACAAAACUGUAAAAUUCAAUGGUUAUAUCGUUGUGUCAAUACCUUAUAAGUAAUGCGAGUGCAAUAUUUUGUUAAAACUCGUUCUUAGCAACGACAACGUAAAAUGUGGAUUUUCUCUUUGGAUCUUUCAAAACGAGGUGGUCAAAUGAUAAAAUUAUCAAUAAAAAACAGCGACGUUUGAUCGGCUGGUGAAAUUGAAUUCGUUUGUUUUUUCCCCUUACUUUUUUUCUUCACAUGUUUUUAAACAUGAUAAUAUUUUCUCAAUCUUAAAAUAUACCUUUACCAUCGUAAUCGUGGCGGCGCUAGACUACCUAUGGACGUCGGCGACAUCAAGUUCGCGAGGCCUUUUUUACUUCGCAGUAAAAAACCGUUAAAUUAAGAGCGCCAAAUUAUAAAAUAACGUAUGAGUAAACGAGUUUUAUUGUUGAUAAUCAAUAGAUGACAAAAAAUAAUUACAAACGUAGAAAUUUAAUUACAAAAAUAGUGUUGCCAGGCA